AUGACUCCAGUAAAUGAGAGUAUCCCCCUGGAGUUCAUCCUCUUAGGCUUCUCAGAUCAACCUUGGCUAGAGUUUCUACUCUUUGUGGUCUUCUUCAUUUCUUACAUGGUGACUAUCUUUGGGAAUCUGACCAUUAUUCUAGUGUCACGCCUGGACUCCAGACUCCAGACUCCCAUGUAUUUCUUUCUUACCAAUCUGUCACUCCUAGAUCUUUGCUACACCACAAGUACAGUUCCACAGUUGCUGGUAAAUCUGCACAGCACCAGGAAGGUAAUUAGUUAUGGUGGCUGUGUGGCCCAGCUGUUCAUAUUUCUGGCUUUGGGGGCCACUGAAUGUGUUCUGCUGCCCGUCAUGUCCUUUGAUAGGUUUGUAGCUAUUUGUCGGCCUCUCCAUUACUCAGUCAUCAUGCGCCAAAGGCUCUGCCUCCAGUUGGCAGCUGCAUCCUGGAUUACUGGUUUCAGCAACGCAAUGUGGUUGUCUAUCCUGACUCUCCAACUGCCACUCUGUGGCCCCUUUGUACUAGAUCACUUUCUCUGUGAAGUCCCUGCUCUGCUCAAAUUGUCAUGUGUUGACACCACAGCAAAUGAAGCUGAACUCUUCUUUGUAAGUAUGCUAUUCCAUCUAGUACCCUUUACACUUAUUGUUAUAUCAUAUGCUUUUAUUGCCCGAGCAGUGUUGAGGAUCCAAUCUGCUGAAGGCAGACAAAAAGCAUUUGGAACUUGUGGCUCCCAUCUACUUGUGGUGUCACUUUUUUAUGGUACAGCCAUCUCCAUGUACCUGCAACCACCUUCACCCAGCUCCAAGGACCGGGGAAAGAUGGUUUCCCUCUUUUAUGGAAUUGUUGCACCCAUGCUGAAUCCCUUGAUAUAUACACUUAGAAACAAAGAGGUUAAGGAGGCCUUCAAAAGGUUAAUGGCAAGAGUCUUCUUAAUCAGGAAAUAA